UUAUUAUUAUUAUUAUUAAUAGAACUAGUUUAAGUUUGCGGUAUCUUAAGCUAUUCGCAACGUCAAAGUAUCAGAGAUCAAGGAACGCUUAUCAAAUUGAAGUCCACCCCACGCAGCAGACGAUUCUCUAUAAUUAUGCAAAUAUCUUCUACCAAAUUGGGAGAUGCUUUUCCAUUUCCUCUAAACCUCAGUACCAAUUGUACGCAGUUUUGUAGUCCACUGCAUAGUCUACAUCUGGUACAUGUACAGUUGUGUAUAGCGUAGAAGCAAGGAUAACUAAUACUCUGUUGAUGCUCUGAAAUAUACAGUGAUUACAAUAGUAUAAAUAUCCUUGGACAAGUUGUCAAUUUGCGUUUGUGACCUGUGUCUACUACUCAUCAGCCCAGAGACAGUGCAUCAGAUAGCCGUGGACAGCGGUAAUGGGUGAUUUUGCUGGGCCCGGCUUAUUCCAGCCAUGCACUGUCCCCGAGAACAGAGUAUUCGGCACUACGUACGCAUGCGCAGACGCUACUAUCUGCGCUCUGAACUAUGCCUUCUUAAUAUUCUUGCAAACCCCGUAUGUGUGCCUUUGCCCACCAGGGACAACCACUGUUGUCAACGCCACAGGCGCGACAUGUAUAGCUGUGGCCGGCCAGACCUGCCAGGCGGAGUCCGACUGCUACUUCAAAAGUCUCGACUGUGUUGGAAUCAGCAACUCGAACCUGGACGAGAAAGAUAUUGAGUUUCUCAGGCCAGUGGUUCUGCAGUUUUGCCUGUUCACCCUCGAUUACGCUAUAGGAUCUGUCCCGGUGUGGACUUGUACUAACAAUCGGUGCAGUACAACUAGAACGGCUCGGCCGGACUUCACGGCUGGAACUACAAGGAAAAAACGGCAUGCAGUCGCCGACCAUGACCCUAACGACAACAGCACUGCUGUCAGCUUCCAGAAGAAUGCGCAUGCGCAUAGACACAGACGCCGGCGCCAAACUGAGCCAUGUGCCGCUACAACACCGGGGCUAUCUUUAUAUGAGCUUUAUUUAGAUCUUAUCGUCAGCGAUUCAAACUAUGAGUGUAGUGUCUCGGAGGUGGAGAUGAGCGAAAAAUAAUUGCAACAGAUUUUUUUUUUUUUUUUUUUUUUUUUUGGGGGGGGGUCCCAAAUAUUACAUCAAAAGUCCCAACAAAUCGGGGCACUGGCAAAUUAGCAUGAACUAUGGUUGACAGUUUCCAUCCAAAUGUGCAACACUGUAUAAUAAUGAGAACAAUGUCGACAGCCAUAUGGUUAAACAGAUCGUUCUAGGUAUGGGAAGGGGGUCUAAGAAACGGCAAUUUCAACUAUUAUUGGCUUCAAGGUAUGAAUUAUUACAGAUGAUUUACUGAGUCACAUAUCAACUACAUGUAUCUGGAUAUUUCAUGUGUCCCAUGCAUGGAAUAAUGUCUUGUAACUUUUUUAUGCUGACUAGGAGAUAUUGAGAAAAUGAACUGUAUUGAAAGGAUUCCUAUUGCAUUGCAUUUUGUUAUUUCAUC